AUGGCUUUGGCACUGGAGAAUAUUUUUAGGGUUAAAUUUUGCCCUUUGAGGAUUCCUUUUUUUGCUAUUAACUGGCGUGAAUUUUCCAAAGCGAAUGUGCGAAUUGAAAAACACUCAACUCUUCCCCCUCGUUAUGAAUCCCAUGUGGAGUUACUUAAAUCCAAAUUAUACACGCCUGAAAGUAUAAAUCCUAAAGAUUUACCACAUAUUUUUUUUCAUUCGUUCAAACAUGACAUACUUGAUAUAUUGUUAUUGAACAGAUACAUUGACAGAGCUCGAGCCUUAUCUCCGCAAUUAUCGGUAAAGGGAUUUGCCCUGGUUUUGCACACUAUAUCUAAGUAUUUAACCCAUAAAUUUCGGCAAAUAAUUGAUGAUGAUAAUUUACAAUAUGAGAUAAUAUAUAAUAAUAAUUUUGAAGAUGUAAAUUUAACAGAUAACAUUUAUUAUACUGGCAAUAAUGAUGACAUAUUGGAUAAACAUAAAUUUGUGGAUUUAUUUAAAAAUAUAAUAGAAUUUAUAAUAAAGAUUUCACAUCACUUACCUUCAAGGCUUAGAUAUUCCCAGUCCAAAGAUCUGGGUAUGAUUUCACUUUCCAUUACAAAAUUAAACACAUUAAUAACUAAAUACUAUAACCACAAGCUGAUCAAAACAGAAUAUUAUACAUCAUUUGAAAGGAUAUUAAAAAGAAUUGCCAACGAAGCGCCAUCAAAAUUGCCAUUCUUUGGAAUACCAGAACUUGCGGCUUUGGCUUUGGCAUUAUCUCACAACAAUUUAUCUUCAUUUGCAUGGUCAAAACUUGCCCUAUACGACCUAUCUGUGGAAAUGGUAGAUAAAUUGGAAUUAUUACUAGUUGAACAACAAUAUACAAGUAAUUUAUUGAAUGACGCAUUGAGUUUUACGUGUUCAAUGGACAGAGCAAAUGUUGAUAAUAGGGGUUUUUGGGCGCAUAUUUCACAAUUUCUAACCAAUUCGCAUAUAUUAUCACUGAUAACUGCUAAUAAUGCAGUAGUACUGGCCAAUGCUAUAUCCAAGAGAUGUAAUGCAGACAAACUGUUGAAAGUUGCCAGCCAAAAUUUGGAGUCAGUUGAUCCAGUAAAUAUUCCUAGAGUUGUAUCUUUGGGUUUAUUUGUCUCAUUUCGUACAAAAUCUGAUGCAUUUGACAGUUUUUUAAAGUAUCUAAAUGUGGAAUUAUUGGGCCAAUUAAAUUGCAUCCAAUUGACUCAGGUGAUCAAUUGCAUCAAUAAAACAAAUUUUGAUGAUUUUGUACAGUUUAAUAAUAUUAAAAAUGCAGUAUAUGAUAGAAUUAACCGAUUAGUUGCGGAUGGUAAGAUGACAGUACAGGGUUCCAUAUCUAUUCUAUCUAGUAUAAUAUCUAAGGAGGAAUUUAAACCAUUCCCAGAUUCAUUAAUUAGUUUUAUCCAUGCUAAUAUGAGUUUGGUUGACCAAAAAGGUCUAAAUUCUCUGCUUAGACUUGAAAGCAUCCUAGAUAACGAUGUAUCGCAUUCAAUGGUUAAUGACUUAAUAGAUUUUGUCAAGCAGAGAUUUGUUGAAGCUUCUGGUGAUUGA